AUGGCCACCGAAGAAGCUGUUGUGGCGAUUGAGAUCGUACCCGAGCCGGUGACAACUGAGCCGGCCACGGAUGACCCACCGGCGGCGAAGUCGAAGAAGGCAAAGGAGCCUAAAGCUAAGAAACCGGCCGCUCCAAGGAAACCCAAAAGCGCUCCUUCACACCCUCCAUACCUCGAGAUGAUUAAGGAGGCGAUUGUGACUUUGAAAGAGAAGACGGGAUCGAGUCAAUAUGCAAUUGCGAAGUUCAUCGAGGAGAAGCACAAGAACCUUCCAACCAACUUCAAAAAAUUAUUGUUGACUCAACUGAAGAAGUUUGUGGCCGCUGGUAAGCUCGUGAAGGUCAAGGGCUCGUUCAAGCUUCCACCGACUCGGCCUGCCGUUCCCAAGACUUCAGCCGCCCCUGCUAAGAAGAAGCCGGCGGCCAAAGCCAAAGCUGCAAAACCCAAAAAGGCGAAGAAAGCUCCGGUUAAACCAAAAGCGUCUGCCUCGAAGACUAAAGCUGCUGCUAAGCCGAAGCCAGCUGCCAAAGCCAAGCCGAGUGUUAAGCCUAAGACCGUUACGGCAAAGCCAAAGACUGCGGCUAAGCCAAAAGCUGCUGCGAAGCCAAAGGCGGUAACGAAGCCGAAGCCAAAGGCGGUGACCAAGCCUGCUAAAGUUGCGAGGACGUCGACUAGAACAAGUCCAGGGAAGAGAGCCGCAGCUCCGAAGCCGACAGCGAAGAAAGCUGCGGUGAAGAAGGCUCCGGUUAAGAGCGUGAAGGCCAAGACAGUGAAGACGCCCGCGAAGAAAGCAACUACGAAGAAGGCAAAGAAGUAAAUGGUCUGAGUUAGUUUGUAGGGGUAGUGCUGUAAAUUUCUUUAUCUUAGAGGGGUGUAUUUGGUUUUUAUGCCAAUGAAAACUUGAUAGAAUCGGAUAUUAACUUGUUUAUUUUCUUAUUUCUUGAGAUUUUCAUAUUUUUUUUCCCUUUGGGUUUUCUAGGGUUUGAUGCAAUGCUCGUUGUAGCGAUAUGUUCAGUAUAUUUCGAGAUGAAUUAGAGUUGAUAUUCAUGUUUCACCCUGCG